GGGCGCUAGAGGGAGACUGGAAAGCUGGAUCGCAGUGGGGGGUUCGCUCCUUCCUGUUUGCUCCUGGGCCCUUCACGGGGCUUCCUAUUAGAGUUUCUGUGAGGAGUACACCAGCAGUUCAGGUCAGGACACGCAGUUCCUUCCCACAGCCGCCGAGUCCAGAGUGCAGCCUGCCUAGCAGAGCCAUCCUCAGCGUACCCCAGAGUCACCAGGCCAGCGGACAGCUGCUUCCCUCAGAUGAUAGUGGGAACAUGGAUCUGUUUGGAGAUAUAGAUGACAUUUCCUCAGAGAGCGAUGAGGACCAGCGAGCGCCUAUGCCAAGACAUCCUGUUACCUGUGUCUGCCACACGCAGAGCACAGCUGGAACCUUUGGAGUGCCUCAGAAACAGCAGGUGGAACGCCGCCGUAUCUCAGAAACCAGGGUGAGAGUAGCAGUGCCCAGCAUCAACUCGGACUUGGGAAGUGAACUGUACUUUGUUAAACUACCCAGAUUUCUCAGGAUAGAACCCAAACCAUUUGAUCCUCAGCAUUAUGAAGAUGAAUUUGAAGAUGAGAAAGUGCUCUGCGAGGAAGACAAAGUUCGGUUAAAAUUAAAGGUGGAAAAUACUAUACGCUGGAGGAUCUGCCGGGAUCGAGAAGGUUCUAAAACUAAAGAAAGCAAUGCUCGGAUAGUCAAAUGGUCAGAUGGAAGCAUGACCCUGCAUUUAGGCAAGGAAGUGUUCGAUAUCUUCAAAACCCCACUGCAGGACAAUCAGAACCAGCUGUUUAUACGGGAAGAUACUGGUCUCCGUGGUCAGGCCAUCUUUAAUUCCAGACUUACCUUUAGACCCCACUGUACAGACAGUGCCACAUAUAAAAAGAUGACCCUUUCAUUUGGGAACACAAGUUCAAAGACACAGAUUAGAAUCCUCCCAAUGGCUGGUUGUGAUCCUGAGUGGCCACGCCCAGAUUUGAUCAAGAGAGUCCGUGUGCAGAGGAAGAACCAGAGGCAGGACAGCCAGCAGCGUCCAGGUCCAAGUUCUGCCAUCCAGAAGCCUAACCAUGAUGUCGACGAAGAGGAGGAGAUGGAGGGAGAAGAGAAGAAAGGAAAGGCCUCCAGCGUGGUUGCCACUAAAAGCCAAUACCAGGGCGCAGCCAAAAGGGCACGCACCAAAAAGGGUUCAUUGAAAUCAAGACCCCCCCUCCAGGAAACACAAAGCCUUUUCAUAGAAAACAUAAAACAACGUGAGAAACAAGCCGAGUCUUCUUCAGAUUGCACUCACGAGGGACCGGAAGAAGAUAAAGCAAGAGGCUCACUCAAAGCAAAGAGACUCAAGAGUGACGGAGGAGACAAACCCUCCAGGAGAGAACAAGAAAGAAAGAGGAAAACUGAGAUGUAACUGUGCACUGGUGUCUAGCAUAGUCAAGUUAUUAAGUCUCUGUGCUGAGACUGAAUCUAGGGCUUUGUGUGUGCUGAACAUGCUUCCUACUGCUUAGGUACAUCCCGAGCCCAUUUUUGAUCUACAUGAACCAAUGAGAUGGACUGUGCAGAAACCCCUAAAAUCCAUUCUCCUUUCAUGUAUAUAUAUAUGUAUAUACAUGUAUAUAUAUAUAUAUGUAUUACGUAUUUUUUGUUUUGUUUUGAAACGAGCUCUCACCACGUAGCCCUGCUGGCCUAAAAUUCACAAAUCUACCUGCCUCUGCCUCCAGAUGACCGAGAUUAACUGUGUGCGUCACCACACCUACCCCCUUUAUUCUUUUAUAGCACUAUUUCGUGGUUGUCUAAUAUAGGCAUUUUGGUUAGCAUUAGCUCUAGAAAGCAUUCAGACUCAUCUAGAAUACCUGGAGGUCCUUCGCUUCAGUUUCAGGCUCAGGGCUCCUGUACGUGGUACUGACCUGGAGCCUCUGAUAGAUCCACGAACCUCUAAGCUAGCUCUACAGAUCAUGGAAGAAAGCUUAACAUUUGAAGGGCAAAACUGUUUGGUAAUUUGGCAUUACAGGUGGUUUCGCCACUCAGACUUCAUCCCUGGGCUCAGCAGUUUUAACUGGGAUGCCUCAGUGAACACAUGGUGGCACUGACUGGGCCCAGCCCAUAGUACUCGAGACCUCUCACACUCACGAGAGCUUAAGUUGGGCCGCAAUUGAAUUUCCAUGACUCCCCAUCCCCAGGAGGGUAAACACGGCCAUUUUUAUUCAUAAAACUGAUUUCAGCCAGGUAUGGCUGACUUACAGCUCAUGCCUAAUUGCAGCAUUUGAAAGGUUGAGGCAGGAGGACUACUUUGAGUCUGAGGCCCAUCUGGGGCUUUUAGUAAUGUACUUCAAGUAGAUUACUGAAUGUACUUGAACGAAAAAUAAUUUCAUAUGGUUAAAUUUAUACUCACUCUUGUCUGUCCAUAAAAACUAAACUGACAUAUACAAAAGACAUGUUUUGCAGUAAGGCAAAGGACAUUGGUCAUCAGUCAUCAGUCCUCAGUCGCCUUCACCCCACUUCAGAGUCAGUGAAACACGUUAUUGACAGACACAACUGCACACUGAUACAAAGAUGGCAGACUACUGACCCGUUUUGCAUGGCUCAGCAUGGCAGUGCAGGCUACAGACUGGAUGGCUCCAACAGACUUAAUGCCUCACAUCUAGCACCAAGGCUUUAGUAAGGGCUUGCAGAUAGCCAGCUACCUUCUUGCUGAUCCUUACCAGCCACAAGUUCCAUGAUGAGAAUCCCACUGUGGGAACCUUGUAUAUCCCUACUUGCCUUCCAAAGGCAAAUCCCACCACUAUUCCCAGUUAGGGCUUCAGCAUAGGAAUUUGGGGAGGAUAAAAAGAGUCCACAAGGCAGGAAAGAGUAUCUCAGGAGAACGAAUAAGCUUUAUCUUUGACUAACAAAUCAGUUUAGCAUACAAAGCAGGGUUUCCCAGCAUCUUCAUAUACAUGGUAUACUUUGUUUCCAUUCAUUCUCCUCCCCACAGUAACCUUGUUCCUGAAAGAGGCUGUAAGAAGUGAAUGUCAGGUUCUAAAACUAAAGGGAUUUUUUUAAAAGUCUGAAUAUAGGAUAUUUGAUGAACUUUACAUAAUUAUUUGUUUCAGUGUACAAUGUUUAAAUGCCUAUAGUCUAAUCUUCAAAAGAAAUUUAUUGUGUUAUAAACUGGGUAGAUAAUACUUGUUAUUUAAAUGUCAGAAAAUUAAUUACUUUUCUACUUAUAAAUAUUUAGAGUGUUUUGAUAUAUUAGUAUUAGAAAAACUUUUAAUACUUGACUUCAAGUGACAGAGAAAUAUACACUGCCAUAAAGGUCUAUUUCAGGCUUCAAACAAAACCAAAACAAAUGUAAUUCAUCCACAAGACUGAGACAAAUAAAGCCAGUAAGCCAGUAUGUGGAAUCACAA